AGGAGGGAAAAUGCUCGACCACUACCCAACAGUGGAUUUAGUCUUCGAUCGGACUUGACUCUGAACAGUACAGCUCUUCCAGUACUUGAAGAUCGCGAGCUGGGCCGCGAUAGUUUAUUUAUUGUAUUUAUUUUAACAUCUCCCCCACCUUCUCCGCACCUCACCAGCUCACACUCCAAGUCCAUUCACCUGGACUAUGUUCUGGCACAAUUGAUCGUUCCGAGUUGAGCAUUGCCAUCCACAUCGUAACUGCGGAUUAAACGAGCACAUCCGAAAAAAAAGAAAAAAACGAGUACCUUUUUUGUUCCAGUCGUUCCGACAUCUUAUUUAACCAAUCCGAGACGCGAUGCGUGCCCCGGCAAUCGUCAGUCUCCUUCUCUUGACGAGUUUUGCGUCAGCACUGAGGGUGAGCCAACAGAGCAGCAAGAAUCAACAUGACGAGAAACUGUCCAUCGGUGCUUCUUGCCUGGUUAGCUGGGAGUGUUUCAGCAUGUGCUGCACACCCCUGCCGUCGAACCAGAUAAUGCCAGAUGGACAGAUUGCGUCCUGUUCGAUCCGUGAUGACGGCAUCCUUGAAGCUCGCUGCAUCCAAAGCCCGGAAGAGUGGGAAGAUUCGAGCGAGCUGAUGGAGCGCAUGGGCUUGUCCGAACGCCUUGAGCAACUCAAAAACAAUUUGAAGUUCAAGAAGAGGAUCAUUAUCAACAGUAGCAGGUUGAGGAACAAGACGAGCAUUCAGCAACCCAUACUUCCAGCAUCACCUGGCCAGCUGGAGUAUCCUGGACGGCGCCCAAUCUUUAACGAGCUACCCAUUAAGGAUCCGACAUCGGCUGCGUUCCACGCUUGGAAGCCUGAAGAGGAGUCGCCGUCUUACAGCUUAGUAUCGCCUCUUAACCAACAGGAACCUUUGGCCGUCAUCAAAAGCAAAUUUCAGGCUUCUCUGAAGGCCAAUUUGACCCGCGAUGCAUCACCGACUGAUUCGCCGUCUUUCCAAACGGACCUAUCGGCCACGCCAGAAAUCGACACCUCGGCCCUGUUGGAAGAACUUCUCAGUCUCUCAAAUGAAGACAAUACCCCGCUCGUCAUAGCACCAGCUCCCAACUUCCCGGAUGAUUCUUUAGCGACGUCGACAACAGAACCAGAAUUGAGCGUGGAGUUCUUGGAUUCGGAUUUCGGAACCGCCCCUUCGUUCACCCUUGAUAGUUCUCCUCCGUUUCUUAUUUCAUUUCUGGAUGACUCAGGAUUCUCCACCAUUUCAGAAGGGACUGUAGGAACGACAGAGGGAUUUGAAGCCUCUUCAUUGAGCACUAGCCAAGUUGAGACUACGACGACUCCUCAACCCAUUAGCACUCAGCAAGAGACGACGGUGACGGAAGCGACUAGCCUCUCGACAGAAGCGACGACCACUCCUCUCGCCACUUCAACAAUUCAAGGUACCAUCCAGCACUUGGAUCCGAUCGGAUUGACUCAGACGACGGACGCUCCGACGGAUUCUUCCCACACUUUCACGACAUUCUUGGUCUCUUCUACAACAGAUGUUUCCUCGUCGCCUGCCGACGAAACUAACCCGACAGACGCGUCGCCCACACACGUUUUCUCUACCACUAAUCCUAUUGAUACCACCUCUUUACUCACUGUCUCUACAACUGCACCGCUCGAUAACAACCCGACCACUAACCAAGAUACAAUGACUAUGACUGAAGGGCUCGAUAAUAGUUCGUCUAUUAAUGGCGAACUCUUGUUGAGCUCUACGACCACUGGCCCGUCGGUGCCAAUGACUGUUACACCCGACGAAUUGACUACCUUCUCUUCGUUGACAGAGACAAGUGAUACGCCCAGUAUAUCAGUGUCGUCGUCAACAACUUUAGCUAGUCAAGAAACAUCGUCUGUUCAGUCGACGGAAACCACUCCACAGCCAUCGUCGGCUACGGAAGGGAUUUCAACUGUUUCAGUAGAUAGUCAGAGUGUGUUAGGCAAUAACGAAUCAACAACAGAAGGAUCAUCGGGAUUUGCGUCGACGAUAACUAGUCAAACCGAAAUCGUCACACUUACAGAUUCGAUCACAAGCGAGCAAAGUGGAAGCGCAGACGAAACGAAUUCAUCGACAAUGAGCACUUUUACCAAUGACAACUUGACAUCCGCGAGUCCAUCCGUAACAGAAACUCUUGCUUUUGCGGAUGUUUCCGGUACGACGUUGGUUAACAUGAUUCAAUCUGUUACCGACGAGACAACGACAGAACCAAACGCUGUGACUACUGCAGGGCCAUCUACUGCAGAUGCUGUUGUUACACAAAAUUCCGUUGACAAAACCACAAUAACGAUUGCAACGGAGCUGACGGAGCCCGGUUCUACAACCAUGGUCGAUACUGUUGCGAUAACUGAAGAAAGUUUGAAUUCUGAGCGGGAAACGACGUCGACGUCAAGACCUUCUACUACUCUUGAAUCGACAACGUCUUCGCCGGAAAUAACAUUUACUCAGCACGAAAAUCUAAUAACCGAUCCUGUAGGUACGGAAGAAACUCUGAACCAAUCACAGGUUACUGGCAGCACGGUGGAAUCCAGUACAGCGAGUACAACGUUCAGUUCAGACUUAACAGUUGACGAAACGACAACUGAGAAACAAAUGCUGGAGAUUGGAUUGGUGACCCAACCGGAAGAUUUAAGUACCGGUUCUUCUAGUUCCACUCAAGACGCUGAUAAAACAACACAAACAUCUCAGACAAAUGGUCAAAGCGAAACGACUACUCUGUCGAACAUUUUGUCGUCGAUUCAGAGCACGCUUACGUUUAUUAACGAUGUUACGUCAACACCUAUUGUACAGACUACCGAGACCGCAUUUACGGAAACCGAAGAGAUUUCUACUAAUGGUCCAGCGCAAUCACAAGCCGUGACGGAACUGAGUAGUUCAACAACCAUUGAAAUGCAAACUGAAUUAUUUACAACUCCAGCGCUGACUACUAAUUCAGAAUUUGAAACAGAUGUUGUUGCUACACCUUCCUCACCAUCAGCAUCACCUACUAAUUCCACCAAUGUAACCGUAGGCCAAGAAACUACUUCCUUUCAGGAAAAUGCGAUGCUGGUGACUGAAUCCCAGUCCGUCACUAGCACUACACUCGGUGAUGCAUCAAGUGAACCAGCUACUACAGAAGGUACAACCAAUGAAUCGACUAUUUCUUCCAGUUCCACCCCAUCCAUCAAUCCGACAACAGUUAUCGGAUUCCCAAGUCAAGAUACAACUGUGGUCGAUACCACAAAUAAUCCAAAUGGGCAAGAAACAACGUCGAUAUUUAGCCAGUCUAGUACUUUCAAUCAAGAAACAACAACAGAAAGUAAAGAAACGGUCAUCUUCGGGGACACUACUUCUACGACAAGAGACGAAACUACACAAAAUGAACAAAUAACAACACCUUCGGUAGUAUCAGUAGAAAAUAUCACUAAUGAAUCAAUAACGGAACUAACAGAGCAAGCUUCGUCGGCGACAACAACUUUUAGACCUUCAACCACCCUGGUGUCGACAACUUCCCAAUCAGAAAAUAGUGCAACCGAUUCUUCGGAUUUUGAAACCACCCAGAAUCAAGCGCAAUUCACGGGAGUCCCCGACGAGUUUUCAAGUACCAUAGGUAGUUUAACUUCUAGUACUUCAGCUGUCAUGUCUACCGAAAGAACAACUACAGUGAAAACAACUACGGAUAUACAGGAGCCUGUCACUGAAUUGUCCUCACAGACGGAGGACUUCACGACUACCAUCAGUUUUAGUGCUUCUACUUCAUCGGUAAAUGACGAAACGUCUGGUGGAAGCGAGACGACGCGAGACGAUAUGUUCUCCUUCACAAACGACUUGACUACGUCGGCAUUAGUGCAGACUACAGAGUCAACCGGAACCGACCAGGUUGAAACAACUGUUCAAAGUCAAACUGAAGAAACUCCAUUCAGUACUACAUUGCGUACUUCUUCUAGCGCAACUCAAACAGGCAAUCUUACAGACUUCACAACAAGUUCGGAUGUUGAUUUAGCUAUGUUAACAACACCAUCAACAACUAUCACUUCAGUCAGUGAGACAGCCAGCCAAGAUUUAAGUACUACUAUUGAAGAACAGAUGCCUUCAACUGUAUCUCAAUCUUCUUCUAGUACAACUAUACAGAGUCAGUCUCAUGUGACGGAGGAAACAACAGCUAACAAAGAAUCGACCGUUUUAUUCAGUGUCACUCCAUCAAGUAGUCCGACGACGAUUGGUAAUCAAGAUACAAUUGCGGGUUUCCCAAAUGAUCAAGAAACAACAGCACAGACGGUUAGUCCAUCUAGCACUUUCAGUCAAGAAACAACUACUGAAACUACUCAGACUACUAAUUCGGUGCUUUCGAGUACUGUCGGACAGACCCCACAAUUUGAACAGCUAAAUUCUACAGAAAGUCCUGCAUUGGAAGUUAUCACUGAAGUCUCUUCGGUUCAAACGGAAGUAGCUGAGAGUAGUGUUACAACAUUCGCUGCAAGCGAUACCACAUUAAGUCAGGGAAGCUUUACAGUCGAGCAGGAUUUGUCAUCAAUUUCAACGAUUGCACCGUCGACAAAUUCAGUUUCAACUACCUCGUCUUUGCCUGAAACAACUACUCAGCAAACAGUUGUAGAAAGCGAUGUAGGAAGUACCACUUCCGAACAGGACCUAUCGUCAACUACCACAACAACAAAUCCCUCGUCGACUCCAGUAUCAACCCAGUUUUCUUCUGAAACAACAUCUCAGCAAGAAAAUACAGAAACUGAUUCUAUAGGUACCGAAACAACUAUUAACGAAUCGUUUGUUACUACUGCUGUAAGUGCCCCGACACCAACUUCUUUCACAGUAGAGGAAAGUAUUCCGACUCUGACAACAUCUACAGAGAAAGAGGUGAUCGUCACAGAGUCUACAACGCAGUCUGAAGUUGAAGCAAGUGCUAGCGUUUCAACAUCUACGCAAGAAACCUUUCCUACAUCAGAGCCGUCGACAACUCAAAACGAAAAGACUACAUUGUCCAGCAUUUUGUCGUCAGUUCAAAGCACCUUUGCCUUUACUACUAUUUGGCCAACGCCUUCAAGUAUAGAGAAUACCGAGUCGACACUGUCUGAAACGGAGGAGAUCUCAUUAGUUGCUGAAACGCAAUCUGGGGAAUCUCACACAACUAUCACGAAUAGCGAAAAUCAAUUGGGAAGCAGUUCCACAAUUAUUACUGCCAGUCCAAUCAAUGAAACCACAAUUGUCUUAUCCACUGAGGGCACCAUAACGUUUGGUUCCACAACAGUUGUUUUCUUUCCCUUAACUUCUUCCAACGAAGCUGGCAGUUCGUUGUCGGGUGAAAAUAGUUCUACCACUACAUUUUCGUCUACAGUUUCUCUAACAGAAAGUACAUUACCUGAUUUAGUUACAUCCGAUGCAGUCACUGAGGCAACACAGAGUACCUCUGUAACGGAUUUAGUGAGUGAAUUAUCAACAUCCGUUUCUAAUCCAAUCUUCACGGAGGAAGACGAUGCAAGUUCAGCAUUGGAACAAAACAUUCAGACUGAAACAGCUUCAUCAUUGGCUCAGGGUCUUUUAAGCACCGUCUCUACGCAAGAACCUGCUAACACUGAAAGAACAACCGAAUCUGUAGUUGUAACGUCUUCAAUCGGACAAGAACAUACAACGGGUGAAAUUCAAACCACCCAGACCUUAUCUACCGCGAUGACAGACGCUUUUGGAACGUCUUCAACUAUUUCCCCAGUCACUGUAACAAGCGGAUCAGACACAAACCCCAUCACAGAUGAUAUUGUUACUGCUAUGCAUGGAGAACAAGUUACUUCUACCAAUCCGAGUUCAUCUGCCAGCAAUGACAUUUUUACUACUCCUGAAACGAGUGACUCUACUCUACAAAACGAGUCAACAGUUUCCCCUUCGGACAAACCGACAUUAUCCAGUAGUCCACCAUUGGCUGAAAUCACUACUCAAGAAAAUGUAGAAACUUCAACACCGAACGUUCUUACAACGACAAUUAAUGUGAAUGAGGGAAAACCCAUAGAAGACCAAUCAAGCACCUCUCUCACACAAGAAUCUACAUCUGAGAGUGAAGAAACAACUCUUACCGAAACUGAAACGUCCAUUUCUGGGCAGCAUACCACACAGUUCGAAUUACAGGUCACUCAAACCAAUAUUGAAGUAACGAGUCAAACGCCCGAAAUCCAAACAGAACUGACCAAUUUUACUACAACAAUGGUAAACAAUUUUAAUACAUCCCUAGGGAGCUCAACGAUCGACCAAGAAUCCCAUACCACAUUUAGCCCGACAACAAACGCAGUGUCAACAGUGACAUCUGUGCUUGAAACACUUUCAAGCACGCAGCAAGAAAUCGUCACAACUGACUCUCCUGAAACUACUGUCAAUGAAUCGCUGGCUACCAAUGAGUCAGGCCAAUCAACAGUUAGACCAACAACUGAAGAAGGAACUUUUGAUGAUAGUACCACUACCGAAAGAACAACAACGGAGAAUAAACAGACAGUCACUGAAUCUCUGGUAACGUUUGAAAGUGACACCAAUUCAACUAUCGGUGGCAUAUUCACACAACAGAAUGAUCAAUCAACAAAACCAACUGAGAUGACUGUCGAAAGCGAAUUGACUACGUUGUCAAGUAUUUUAUCGUCAAUUCAAAGUACGAUAUCCUUUACUACUGGUUGGACGUCAUCUAGUGAUGUACAGAACACUGAGUCGACAUUGGUUGAGAGCAGUAACCAUUCAUUUUCUUCAGAAACCCAAACGGAAGAAUCUCUGAACAUGACAACAUUUAUUAGUUCCGCUUUAACCCAAAAUGAUUCUUCCGUGACUGGCCCGGAUUUAGUUCCCGGAUUUGAUUUAGAUUUUGUUUCUACUACGUCUAGCACAUUCAUAGCAUCUACUCAACCGCCUAAUUCGAUGAAUGUUACAAAUGACCAAGAAACUACUCCAAUACCUCGUCCAACAGAAACACAACAGGAUCUUUCGGUUGUUACGGAAUCUCAAUCUUCUAUUGGCUCAACGAUUGCUAGCGAAUCUUCUACUACAGAAGAAUUCCCUGUUUCGAUAAGCUCUACACAAUUCACUAAUCCGACAACGACAAGUGAAUCUUCUAAUCAAGAAACAAACUCCAUCGCAACUCAACCAAGCACAGAAUUUGAACAUUCAACUAAUUUCGCACCUGACACUACCACUGUUGAACAAGGAACUACAGAAACCGAAGAACAGCCGAGUAAUACUGAAGUCCCGCAAGUUACCACUGAGAAACUACAGACUUCAACGGGAUUAGAGGAAAUCACAACAAUUACACCCACUGUCUUGAUAAAUCAGGGAACGUCUACUAUUGAACAAAUUGUUUCGACAACUUCCAGUUCCUCGACUUCGGUGCCGACGACAUUUGUGACUGAAUCUACAAUGCAGUCUCAACAUACAACUUCUAUACCAGGUGCUUCCACGCAAGUGAGUGAUCAAAAUUCUGACUCAGUUGAAACUACCGAAAUUAACGAUAUGCCAACAUUGGCAUCAACUCCGAGUACGUUAUCCUUUACUACUGAUGGGGUGUCAUCAGCGCUGACCGAUGUAACAACAACAUUGAGUAACUUCUCAGCGCAAACGGAAACUAUUACAGCAAACACCGAUUCAGAAAGUUUUGCCACUUCCAGUCAAGGAACAGCAACUGAAACUCAACAGACGACGAAUUUAGUGUCUUCAAGUAGUAUCGGACAGACCACACAUUUUGAUCAGUUUAGUUCUACGGAAUCACCUUCACUUGAAGUUAUAACUGAAAUAUUUUCAGUUCAAACAGAAGUAGCUGAGAGUGGUGUUACUACAUCUUUCGCAAUUGAUACCACCAAUGAGGGAAGCUCUACAGCCAAGCAAGAUUUGCCAUCGACAACAGAGCCGUCGACAGAUUUAGUUCUAAAUACUUUGUCUUUUACUGAAACCACUACCCAGCAACCAAAUUUAGAAACUGAUUCCACGGAAACCUCGAAUAUAGAACAAGAUUUAUCGUCAACGACAACGAUUCCAGCGUCGACUUUAUUUUCAACCCAGUUUUUUUCUGAAACGACGACUCAUCACGAAAAUAUUCAAACUGACUCUCUAGAUACAGAAACAACUUUGAAUGAAUCGUUCGUUACUGAGGCCGCGAGUAUUUCGAUUGUAUCAACCACGGUGGAAGAGCCGAUCGCUACAGAGUCUACGACGCAAUCUGAGAUUUUAGUCAGUACUGGCGCUUCAGUGUCUACGCUGGAACCUUCUUCUACGUCAGAGAUACCUGAGGGGACCAGCCAAAGUGAAGCGACUACAUUGUCUAACAUAUUAUCCUCAAUUCAAAGCACUUUUUCUUUUACGACUAUUUGGCCAUCGUCGUCUAGUGCAGAGAACACUGAGUCAACAAUCGGGGAAACGGAAGAUAUAUCUAUAAUUUCUCAAACGCAAACUGGAGAAUCUCAGUUUACGUCAACAAUAAGUAGCGCAAAUCAAUUGGAAAUUAACAGUAGCCCUUCUACAUUAACUAAUACUGACGCAAGCAUUGGGACAACAGUCGUUUCGUUGACUGAGGAUCAAACAUCGUCGACCCCUGUUGAUCACUUCUUCAAUCCAGAAACAACAACUUCAAGUGAUCUUACGACUAUUUUGGUGUCUUCAGGUACAGAUGGACAAGUCACACAGUUUGAACAGCUGACUUCCACGAAAUUUCCUGCUGUUGAAGUUAUCACUGAAGAAUCCUCGGUUCAAACAGAAGGAGCACAGAACGGUAUUACUACAUCCGCCGCGAGUGAUGUCACUUUAGAUCAGGGAAACACAGCUAUCGAGCAGAAUUUGUCCAUAAUAACAACAUUUGCACCGUCGUCGACCUCAGUUUCAACUAUUUCGUCGUUGACUGAAACAUCUACUCAGCAACAAAAUGUAGAAAGUGAUUCUAUGGGAAGCUCUACUAGUGAGCAAGAUUGGUCGCCAACUACAGCUAUUUCCUCGUCAACUUUAGCAUCAACUCAGUUUGUUUCUGAAACAACAUCUCAGCAACAAAAUUUUGAAACUGAUCCUACAGUUACGGAAACAACUAUGAACGAAACGUUCGUUACUGACUCCACAAAUAUACCAAUUCCUCCGGCUGUCACAGUGGAAGAAAAUAUUUCCAAUGUAGCUACAACAACAGAGUCAACAACGCCAUCGAAAUUGGAAGAAAUUGUUAGCUCUUCGACGUUUACAGAAGUAACGACUACGUCAUCAGAGCCAUUUGAUCAAACAACUCAACGUGAAACGACCACUUUUUCCACCUUUUUGUCGUCAGUUCAAAGCACUGUUGCUGCCUUUACUACUAUUUGGCCACCUUCCUCUAGUGCAGAGAACACCGAAUCGACAACAGUCGAAACAGAACAAAUCUCAACAGUUGCUCAAACACAAUCUGAAGAAACUCAGGUCACAACAACAAGUACCACUGAUCAAUUGGGAAGCAGUAGCACUUCUACAGUAGUUAAUACUGACCCAAGCAUUGAAACUACAGUCGUUAUCGCUACUGAAGAUCCCACAUUGACGACUACAACAACUUUAAGUGAUCUCACGACGAUUUUGGUUUCUUCUGGCACUGACGGACAAGUUACACAAUUUCAACAGCCGAGUUCCACGGAUAAACCAGAAUUAGAAAUUAUCACUGAAGGAUUCUCGUUUUUUCCAGAAGUAACGGAGAGCGUUCUUACUACAUCCGUCGCCAGCGAUACCACUUUAAACCACGGAAGCUCUACCAUCGAGCAGGAUUUGUCUUUGAUAACGACGAAUACACCUUUAUCCACCUCAUUUUCAUCUAGUUCGUCGUUACUUGGGGCAACUACUGAGCAACAAAACUUGGAAACUGAUUCCAUUGGAAGCUCUACUAUCGAACAGGGUCAAUCUUCGACUACCACGACAACAAUUCCCCUGUCGACCCUAAUUUCAACUGAGUUUUUUUUCGAAACAACUUUGCAGCAGGAUAGUAUAGAAAUUGGUUCCACAGAAUCCCCUUUGAGCGAAUCGUUUGUUACUGGCGCCACAAAUAUUCCCACUACGACAACUACGGGGAAAGAGCCGAUGGUCACAGAGUCUAUCACUCCCGCCAAAACUGAAGAAAGUGCGAGCUCUAGCUCAACAACUACAGAAGAAACUUCUACGUCAUCAGAGCAAAAUGUAGAGACAUCUCAAAGCGAAACAACAACAUUGUCCGGCAUUUUGUCGUCGAUUCAAAGCACUUUUUCAUUUACCACUAUUUGGCCAUUAUCUUCUAGUACGGAGAACUUAGAAUCAACACUGUCCGAAACGGAAGAGAGUUCAACUAUUGCUGAAACGCAAUCAGGGGAAUCUCAGGUUACGACAGCAAUGAGUAUCGAUAAUCAAUCGGGAAGUAGUAGUCCGUCUACAGUAAUUAAUACCGACCCAAGCAUCACCACCACAGUCGCUGUGGCGAAUGACGAUCAGACAUUCGCGACCCCUGAUGAAAACAUAUUGAAUCAAGACACAACAACUUCCGGUUACCACACAACUACUUUGCUGCCGUCGAGUACUGGUGGACUAUUCACAGAAAAUGAACAUUCGAUUUCCACGGAAAAACCUGUUAUUGAAACUACCACUGAAGUAUUAACGGUUCAAACGGAACCAGAGGACAACGGAAUUAAUACAUUAGUCACGAGCGAUAGCACACAAUCUCAAGCUGUCUCUACUAUUGAGCAAGAUAUAUCGACCUCACGUCCCUAUUCGACUCCAAUAUCAACACAGCAUUCUCCUGAAACAACAACAUCUCAGCAGGAAAAUUUAGAAACUGAUCCUCUAAAUUCGGAAACGACGACUGGAUCAACUGAUCAAUCACUGAGUACUGAUGGAAUAGACCAAUCCAAUUCAACAAACAAUCCGACCUCUCUGGCUUUCACAGAUGACAAUAGUAUUUCUACUGUGUCCACAACUACGGAGAAUCAAAUAGUUGCUACUGAAUCUACCACUCCGUCUGAGGAUGAAACCAUCGAUUCAAAUACCAACUCUUCGAUGUCUACAGAAGAAAAUGUUUCUACACCAACAUCUGAGAAACCUGGGGGGACAAUUCAAAGCGAAACAGAGACAUUCACUUCUUUAUUUACUACCGAUUCGACAGUUCCUAUUGAUUUACAGAACAUCGGUUCGACACUGACUGAAACAGAACACAUUUCAACAAUUUCCCAAACACUAGCUGAAGAAUCUGAGAUCACGACUAGUCCUCUUGUUACAAUACCUAGUUUUACCAUGAAUACUGUACCAUUCAGCAGUCCGGAAAAUACUUUUGAAAUAACAUCAGAACAAAUAUUUGACUCUACAACUAUGUACGGUAUGACAACCUCAGAUGAUGAUGAUAGGCCUACAACCACCCAAUCAACAGUAGAUGCAUUUCCGAACCAAACAAUUGAAACACUUUCUUCUACAGAAGAAUCAACAACAGUGGAAAUUACCCCGCCCACAGCAACUACAAAUUCUGCCUCAAUGGAAACUGGCCAUGAAAACGAAACAACGAGGCCCUCAUCAGCGACUGAAAAUGACAUCACUACGCCCAUCUCGUUAUCGACUCACUUCAGUGAUCAUAUCUCUAUGGCAGUAACUGAAAGUUCUGCACAAUCUGGGACUUCAACGAUAGGUCUGCUCAACCCUGAAGUAAUAACCGAGGAGGAGAUAGCUUCUUAUGUUUCAUCUGAUGGUUCUACGUCUAUUUUCGUAUCCACUCAUACCCCAGAAGAUUCUACUGUGCAGCAAACAACUUCUAAACCAGUUACUUCGGCAGAAAUGAUAAUUAAUACCACACCAAAAAUUCCGUCUGAAACACUGGAUUCAGGUUCACUCCUUUCCAGUGCACCAUUUAUCCAAUCUACAACACAACCCACUACUGUUUUCACAACGACAACGGAAAUAAUUACUAACAGUCCUGUUAGUAUUGAUUCAACGUCUCAUUCAGCAAAUUUUGACAGUUUCACUACAGAGACAUCGACGCCAGAUUCUUCUGUUUCUCUUCCAGUGACAGUUGUACAGCACACGACCUCACAGCCAUUUGAUCUAACAACGCCCAUUUCAAAUGAAUUCCAAACUGACGGGAAUAGCCAAAACGUACCAACUGCCAUAGUCACUGAAACUUCCACAUCUGGAGGAAUUUCGUCUACAGAUCAAACCGAAAAUAUUGUAAUCAUUUCAUCCGACAACGUAUCUACUGACGAUCUUUCGAGUAGUGGAGCAACUGGUGAGCAUGCGGGUAGUGCAUCAACUGAAAGCUAUAUUGACACUAGCCAGAAUACUAACAGUCCUUCCUCUUCCAUAUCCUUUGCCGAGCAAACCCUGUUUUCUACAACUUUUGCACCAGUUUCACAAGAGAAUUUUGAUACAGAUUCACCUACGACCAUCCAAUCUUUCUUCUCGACAGAACAUAUGGGAAUGACUCUUCCAAGUCUAUCAACACUUUCUCCUCAGCACACUACAUCUGAUCUAUCUUCUACUUUGUUUUCUCAAUCAACUACUGUUAUUUCCCCAACAGGUUCGACUUCAGAAGAAGUGACGAGUACGACUUCCUUCACUACCACUAAUUCUCCUGAUUACAUCACUUCCGUUACUUUUUCCCAAAUCAAUGAUGAAGAAACGGCUUCUUCCACUAUCCACAUCGAUCUUUCUUCUACAUUAGAGCUGGAUACAGAAUCGACUCAUUCCAGUUUGCCUUCUACCCAAUCUGCAAUUCAAUCUACUUCUUUCAUAACGUCAGCAAUCCCAAAUGAUACUACCACUCCAGUAAGUAUUGAUCCAUCUUCACAAGAAACUAGCAAUGCUGGUUUCAUUGAAGAGGUAUCGACAGUUGACACAUUGGUGCCUACAACACAGACAGUAGACGGAACAACCACUCAGAAUGAAUUGAUCAUGACAUCACCAACAACUGCAGUUACUGAGUUUCAAACGGAGGACGUUAGCGAAGCAAAUUCACAAUCCACCGCCUCCCCGACUUCAACGGAAAAUGUGUUAACAACGGAAACAGGAGUGGCAUUAUCAACAUUAGAUAAUACAGGACCUAUGUUGACAUUUUCGACCGCCGUACCAGAAACCGAAAAACCCUCAAGUAGUGAAACAACUGUCGACAAUGAGAAUAUUUUCGGUGAAUCUUCCACAUCUGAACCCACUCCUGCGACGAACAUUUUAACAGAUGGUUUCACUCCAGAUGAAGGGACGACUACCACUGCCUUCACUGUAUCUAACUAUCCUGACUCUACAUCUUCCGUUACUGUCUCCCAAACGAUUAAUGAAGAAACGGCUUCUUCUGUCCAACCCGAACUUUCUUCAACAUUUGAGCAAGACACGGAGUCGCCUCUUACCAAUUCAGCUACUGAAGAGUUUACGUCAGAUCCCUGUACAGCAACAACAGAUGUCCUUACUGAAACUGUAACUGAUUUUUCAUCUACAACAGAAUCAAUUUUGCAAACCGAAUUCGUUGAACAAUUGUCAACCCUCACUCCACCCGAACUGUCUACAGUGCUUCAAGAAGAACAAACAAUUCGCCCCACAGAAACUUCAUCAAGUGGUGAAUUAAUUACAGAUGAAAAUAUGGAAUCUGUGUCGCCCAUGUUUUCCGCUACCCAAUCUUCAACCACCAUCAAUUCUGAAAUCGUAAGUGAUAACACGAGCCCUGUAAGUAUUGAAUCAACGUCCCAAACGGAAAUGAUGACCAGUCUAUUUGAAGAACUGACAUCUACAUCAACACCCGGGAUACAAUCAGAACAGCAAACAUCUUUUAUAACUGAAUCUACAAUCAUCCAAUCAAUUACUACAACACCUAGCACAACCGAAAAUUUGUUUUCUUUAAACACCACCCAGAGUUCGUUCGACGAAGACGAUAUAACAACCUUUUCAACAGAACCGUCAGAAGAAAGUUCUGAGGUACAAGAGCAAGAAAAUGGACUAACGAGCUCCGCAUCAGCAAUUGAAGUUGACGUCACAACACCCAUUCCUUUAACCACACACUUAAAUUAUCAGAACAUCACAACAGUAACUGAAAGUUAUGUCCAAACUGACACGUCAACAACAGAAUCUAACCAGGAAGUAACAAUAACCGAAGUUUCUUCUUCGACGGUUUCACUAUCAAGUGACGAGGUAGAGAUAGAGUCUGAUGGACCGAGUUCGGUUUCUAUCGUAUCCACUGUCGCGCCGGAAUCGUCCACUGAAAAUGAACAAACAAGCUCCUUUACCACAAUUGAUUCCGCAGUCACUAAACCCGAAAUUUUAUCGACUAGCCAAAACUCCAUUGGAGUAACUGAAAAUUUUUCUCAAUCUGUAACGUCAACGAUAUCAAAUCUGGAAAUAACAACAGAAUUUUUAGUUUCUUCAUCAGCCCAAUCACAAGCAAGUGAAGAAGUAGAGAUAGAGUCUGAUGGACCAAGUUUUGUUUCAGAAGUCUCCACUAAUACACCAGAAUUCUCCACCAUGGAACAAACAAUAUCACCGCCUACACUUUUGGAAACAUCAACCUCCAUCGAAAGUGAAAUGUCAACGAUUUCUGCCAUUCAAAGUUCAACAAUCGAAGAUGUGUCUAAUUCAAUAGAUGCUGGGCAAACCGAGUCGACAACAACCACAAAUUUGGAUGUUGUUACUUCAAAACCAGAUACAUCGGAAGAAAUUAUAAUUAACACCACACCCCAAAUUCCAACUGGAACACUGGAUUCAGAUUCGCACCUUUCCAGUAUGCCAUUUACCCAAACUACAACCCAGUCUACUACUGUUUUUACAACAAAUACUGAAAUUAUUACCAUUAGUCCUUCUGAUUCCUUUUUUUCGGAAACAACUUCUGGCACAUCAAUCAUCACAGAUUACGAAAACUUUGACACUGCCUCUACUGUUUUCUCAACGUCAUCAUCUGAUGGAACAGACGGAUUAUUGUCGACGUCUUCGACAAUGAUAGUUACGGAGAAUCUGGAUUAUUCUACUGAACCAUCAACACAAUCUUCUACUCAGCCGUCUUUUGUUGCAACUACACUUGAAACAGGCACGAGUUCUAUCAAUAUUGAUUCUACGACGCAAGCAUCUACCUUCUCUGAAGAACCAAACACCGAUUCCGAAUUUUUUUCGCAUUCGGAACAAACGGUCAGUUCAGCCGAAUUUUCUUCGACCCAAUCUGCAUUUACAACCACCGAAAAAAUGAAUGAGAGUGAUGACAACGAAACUUCUACCCUUUUUCCGAUUUCAACCAAUGCUGCAACGGAGCCAACUGCAACAACUGGAUCAGAAUCUAAUGUAGCAACUGACGGUGGGUUAUUUUCAACUUUUCCCAUCUCAAAUGAUCCGGAAACUCAAUCGACAUUUUCGACUUUACCACCUGAAACUCAAACAAACACUAUUCUGCCAACAGAACAAACAGAAACAAUUACAACGUCAACCGAGGACACAACUUCACAUUUUCCAAAUAGCGAAGCAACUGGUGAGCAUGUCAACAAUUUUGGUGAAUCUUCAGUGAAUGAUUCCUCAUCUACGGUUACAAGUCAGACAAACGACCCUUUAACUUCCCAAACUGUUGUUCAUAAUAUUGUGUCUUCUACUACUGUCCCCACUGACCCAGGAAAUGUGGAAACAGAAACUGAUUCUCCGUCAACUAUUCAGUCUGUUCUGUCCACUUUAAGUGAACAAAUGGGAAUAUCUCUUCCAGGUCUAUCAACACUCUUCCCUAGUAAUACUGUUUCCGCUCUAUCGUCCACUGUGUCCUCCGUGACAGAUAGUACUUCGAACGAUGUAAUAAUUUCAACUUACUUUACUACUACUAAUUCUCCUAGCUCUACUUCUAUAACAUUUUCUCAAAUUAAUAACGAAGAAAUGGUUUCUUCCACUGAGCAUCCUGAUUUUUCGUCAUUUCCUCAAUUUUCUACCGAAGGGAACGGACUAGUUACUACUUUCAUGUCUGAUAUUAACCAAUCUACACCUUCUCUAGUUUCACAAACAAGCAGUGAAAGUGAAAUCUUCCCUACAGUUGAACCUUUUCCUUCAACAUCAGGCCAGACUUCGUCUUCGUAUUCCACGAUUGCAUCCACAUCACUAUCAGACUCUUUACUAAGUACUGAAUUUAAUAGCGGUAACAGUGAUUCAUUUUCAACAACAAUAGUCUCUGUUGGUCCGGAAACGAUACUGUUGUCUACUCCAGCCCAAACGGAGAGUGGGGUACCAGAAACAACUGUAUCAAUGUCAUCAACGCCACAACAGACUCCUGGAGAGCAAAUAACUGAAUUAUACUACUCGACAUCUGAUGGUAUCGAUAGCUCCACGACAAAACCAGAAUCACAAACCUCCAGUUCUGAUAUACUUACCACUACGAAUUAUUUUAACUUACCAACAUUAUCUACAGUAGAACAGACGUAUGGAACUACUUUAGAAAUUGAAUCAGAGUCUUCAGCUUCUUUUUCCAUUCCACCUUCAGAGACUACAGAGUCGCAUUCUGUGCCCACAAGUGUAGUUUUUACCUCGACAGUUUUUGCCUCGACCCCAUCUUCAACUAUUAUGACCACAGACAUUUCCACUGAUUCUACAACUACUAACAAUGUUGAAUCAACGUCUACGUCAACGUAUACUUCUGUUGAAGAAACAAAUUACACAGAUAGUAACGAUAAUAGUAGCGAAAGUAGCAUUACGCCUGCCGUUCUUCCUUCUGAACCAACUAAUGAUUCUCUAACUUCUACAACCGCAUCAAGCGGAACUUCCGGGAUGACUUUCUUCACUGAAUCAUCCACUGGCGAAACCAUAUCUUCGUCCACUUUUUCUCUAACUGGAUUGACAACCGAAAUGUUUAGUGAUUUUACUUCUGAGUGGCCUUCUACAACACAUUCUCAUCAGAAUAGUGAUUCUGCUCCUCCUACCCCAUUUGGUUCGAUUUCUUCAACCACGCUGGAGCCAGAAGAUUUUUCCAAUUCAGAGACUACCGAAUCACAUUCUGCACCCACAACUGUAGAUAUUGGUAUUGACACAGACUCUAUUUCUUUAAUACCUUCUACCUUUCCCACAACCGAAAUUCCAGUUGAUCUUACGUCGGAGAUAUCCACUCCUGGCAUCCAAGUUACAGGCGAUUCUGAAUUAACUUCGACAACUGAUGGCUCUACCACUCUCUUAGUUUCAGUGCAACCUACAGAACAUUCAACGACACAGAUACCUAUAACUGAAACUUCAUCAAUUAGUGAAUCAACAACAGGACGACCAGAAUCGACUCAGUUUACUUCUACAAUUGAAACAUCUCCAACUUCAAUUGAAAGUACUAGUUCUGUAAAUAUUGAAUAUACAAUGGAAACUACUAGCACAUCCGGUUUACCUGAAGAGUUUUCCACAUUCCCUGCUUCGUCAACACAAAGGCCAGAAACCACAUCUCCAACCGAAUUAGACACAUCUCAUUAUGUUACUACCACAUCCGAAUUUUUUUAUUCGACUGAAAACACAGAUGGUUUAAUAUCAGUUGUAGCCACGACAGAUUCACCAGAGUUUCUAACAAGUGUAUCACAAGCACAAUCGACUGCUGAUCAUUCCGUGACCACUCCAGAUUCUGAUAACGGUACAACUGAAAUUGAAACUUCAACGACAGAUCAAUCCGAAGACACAGAUUUUCAAAUUGUAACAGAAAAACCCAUUGACUUAUUGGAUUCAGAUUCACAUAUUUCAAUGUCCUCUACCCAAUCCUCCACUGUUAUGACCACAAUAACUUCUAUUGAUUCUACCACUUCUAAUAAUGUUGAAUCAUCUUCUCAAUCAUCAACAACCGUUAAUUCCAUUGAGGAUGCAUCAACAAGUCUCAGUUUUGCGUCUUCAACCUCAACUUCAGUUGAAGAAACAAAUUUCACUGACGAUUUUAGUAGCGAAAGUAGUAUUACGUCUACCGCUCUUCCCUUUGAACAAACCUCUACCCCUGUUCAAGAAACACAUUUCACGGACGAUAACGAUAAUAGUAGCGAAAGUAGUAUUACAACUACUUUUCUUCCUUCUGAACAAACUAGUGAUUCUGUAACUUCUUCAAUCCCAUCGGAGGGGACUUCCGGGACAAUUUUCUUCACUGAAUCACCAACUUCACAGGAAGAAACCACAACUUUGUCCACGUUUCCUCUCUCUGCAUCAACAACCGAAAUUUUAACUGAUUUUACUUCUGAGUUACAUUCUACUACUCCUCCUCAUCAAACAAGUGAUUCUACCCCUUCUACCACAGUUGGAACCAUUUCUUCAACCAUCACAGUGGAACCAGUUUCCCAAACAGAAUCUACCGAAUCACAGGUUCUAACAACAGAAACGGAUGCGGAACAAGCUUCCACAACGAUGGGAUCUACAAUGGAAUCAACAGAAGAUUUCGUCGAUUCGACUACAGCAACUACAGUUUUUGAAAAUAUUUCAGUCCCUUCUGCAACAGACUCUACACCAACAACAUUUCCAUUGCAAACCUCAGAUUCACAUAUGUCAAUGUCCUCUACCCAAUCCUCCACUGUUAUGACCACAACAUCUUCUAUUGAUUCUACCACUACUAAUAAUGUUGAAACAUCUUCUCAAUCAUCCACAACCGUUAAUUCCAUUGAGGAUGCAUCAACAAGUCUCAGUUUUGAGUCUUCAACCUCAACUUCAGUUGAAGAAACAAAUUUCACUGACGAUUUUAGUAGCGAAAGUAGUAUUACGUAUACCGCUCUUCCCUUUGAACAAACCUCUAUCCCUGUUCAAGAAACACAUUUCACGGACGAUAACGAUAAUAGUAGCGAAAGUAGUAUUACAACUACUGUUCUUCCUUCUGAACCAACUAGUGAUUCUGUAACUUCUUCAAUCCCAUCGGAGGGGAAUACCGGGACAAUUUUCUUCACUGAAUCACCAACUUCACAGGAAGAAACCACAACUUUGUCCACGUUUCCUCUAUCUGCAUCAACAACCGAAAUUUUAACUGAUUUUACUUCUGAGUUACAUUCUACCACACCUCCUCAUCAAACAAGUGAUUCUACUCCUUCUACCACAGUUGGAACCAUUUCUUCAACCAUCACAGUGGAACCAGUUUCCCAAACAGAAUCUACCGAAUCACAAGUUCUAACAACAGAAACGGAUGCGGAACAAGCUUCCACAACGAUGGGAUCUACAAUGGAAUCAACAGAAGAUUUCUUCGAUUCGACUACAGUAACUACAGUUUUUGAGAAUAUUUCAGUCCCUUCUGCAACAGACUCUACACCAACAACAUUUCCAUUGCAAACUUCAGAUUCACAUAUUUCAAUGUCCUCUACCCAAUCCUCCACUGUUAUGACCACAACAUCUUCUAUUGAUUCUACCACUACUAAUAAUGUUGAAACAUCUUCUCAAUCAUCCACAACCAUUAAUUCCAUUGAGGAUGCAUCAACAAGUCUCAGUUUUGAGUCUUCAACCUCAACUUCAGUUGAAGAAACAAAUUUCACUGGCGAUUUUAGUAGCGAAAUUAGUAUUACGUCUACCACUCUUCCCUUUGAACAAACCUCUACCCCUGUUCAAGAAACAUAUUUCACGGAUGAUAACGAUAAUAGUAGCGAAAGUAGUAUUACAACUACUGCUCUUCCUUCUGAACCAGCUAGUGAUUCUGUAACUUCUUUAAUCCCAUCGGAGGGGACUUCCGGGACAAUUUUCUUCACUGAAUCACCAACUUCACAGGAAGAAACCACAACUUUGUCCACGUUUCCUCUAUCUGCAUCAACAACCGAAAUUUUAACUGAUUUUACUUCUGAGUUACAUUCUACUACACCUCCUCAUCAAACAAGUGAUUCUACUCCUUCUACCGUAGUUGGAACCAUUUCUUCAACCAUCACAGUGGAACCAGUUUCCCAAACAGAAUCUACCGAAUCACAAGUUCUAACAACAGAAACGGAUGCGGAACAAGCUUCCACAACGAUGGGAUCUACAAUGGAAUCAACAGAAGAUUUCGUCGAUUCGACUACAGCAACUAGAGUUUUUGAGAAUAUUUCAGUCUCUUCUGCAACAGACUCUACACCAACAACAUUUCCAUUGCAAACUUCAGAUUCACAUAUUUCAAUGUCCUCUACCCAAUCCCCCACUGUUAUGACCACAACAUCUUCUAUUGAUUCUACCACUACUAAUAAUGUUGAAACAUCUUCUCAAUCAUCUACAACCGUUAAUCCCGUUGAGGAUGCAUCAACAAGUCUCAGUUUUGAGCCUUCAACCUCAACUUCAGUUGAAGAAACAAAUUUCACAGACGAUAUUAGUAGCGAAAGUAGUAUUACGUCUACCGCUUUUCCCUUUGAACAAACCUCUACCCCUGUUCAAGAAACACAUUUCACGGACGAAAACGAUUAUAGUAGCGAAAGUAGUAUAACAACUACUGUUCUUCCUUCUGAACCAACUAGUGAUUCUGUAACUUCUUCAAUCCCAUCGGAAGGUACUUCUGGGACAGUUUUCUUCACUGAAUCAUCGACUUCGCAGGAAGAAUCCACAACUUUAUCCACUUUUGCUCUAUCUGCAUCAACAACCGAAAUUUUAACUGAUUUUCCUUCUGAGUUGCACUCUACUACCCCUUCUUAUCAAACAAGUGAUUUUGCUCCUUCUACCACAGUUGGAACGAUUUUUUCAACCAUCACAUUGGAACCAGUUUCCCAAACACAAUCCAGCGAAUCACAAGAUCUAACAACAGAAACGGAUGCGCAACAAGCAAUCACAACAAUGGGAUCUGCAAUGGAAACUACAGAUGAUUUUGUCGAUUCAACUACAGCAACUACAGUUUUUGAGAAUAUUUCAGUGUCUUCCGCAACAGACAUUACACCAACAUCAUUUCCAUUGCAAACUACUGAAACAGAUGUGCCAUCUACACUCUCCCCAACUUCAACAACAUAUACUGAAGCAUUCACUAACGAAUCUUCUACAUCAAGCGAUACGACGAUUGGUUUAGUUUCUGAUACUUCGUCCUCUCAACUUUUUCAAUCUACUACUUCUUUAUUGGACGAUUAUACUUCUUCUACGAUAGCGGAAAUUUCUACAGAUUCAACCGAAGUGCUUUCUUCUACACAUUCUCCAACAACCGAUGAAGCUAUGACUUCAUCAGACAGUGACAUAGCUACAACGUAUACGACUGAAAUUAUUCUUAGUUCUACGACUUCCGCGUUUACUGCGGAGACAUCUAUUGUUAAUACAACGCCUACUUCUAUGUUUGGGUCUACUUCAGAUUCUGUGACCCCUAUUUUUCAGUCAACAGAUGCCAAUUUAGUUACCCUUGACGAAGAUUACACUUCUUCUACAGUUGAAUUUACAAGCGACAUAGCUUUUGUGCCAACUACUGUUGUUACUCAAUCGAGUGAUGAAACAGUUCUUCCUUCUUCAACAACAGAUCCAAAUUUUGAAAUUCUUUCAUCAGAAAUUUCAGGCACCUCUACACCUGAAGAUUCGUCAACAACAGAUAUGCAGCAAAGUAGUACCAGCUCUUUUUCUUACUCCACACCAGAAUCGUUCUCCACGACUACCAUCGAGCAAUUUUCAGAAACAUCGCAAACCUUAACGGAAUCUCCAAUUAGCGAGUCAGUUAUUACAACAGUUCCCACUAUUGUCACAAGUGAUUCUACUUCUAACCCUCAGUCAACUACAAUUUUCCAAUCUACCUACGAGACACAAGAAAACUAUGAUACAACUGUGGAAUUUACUUCCACGGCGGUGAACUCAGACUCUACUUUUCCUGCAUUUUCUACCAUUUCGGAAAGUUCUCCCACUGAACACCCCACGUCUACUGAUGGAUCGUCCAUAGGAACAACUAAAAAUCCAGAAUUAGAAACUGAUUUUCCAUCUUCCCCACAUACAUCGGAAAAUGUUGUUUUUACCACUGCAUUAGGUUUCGAAAGUAGCGAACCAAUUGCUUCUUCGACAACUCAAUCGUUAACAUCCACUCCUUCUAGUGGGACUUCCGCCUCAGACUUAUUUACAGAAUCGUCUGUUGCACCAAGCGAUUAUUCAACUGAAACAAAGACAACAGCAGAUAAUAGCGUGACAGAAACCGACAUGUCUUCUAUUCUUGUAACCACUGAAGCAUCGGACGAUUUAUUUUCUUCCUCGCUAUCCACUACUACUGUUUCGUUUACCACUGAGCCAUUUGAUGUGUCUACUACUGAUUUGUUGCCAUUAACUACUUUAAGUCAUUCUGUUCCACAUUCUUCCACAGAAUCUCUGACCACGGAAACCACGUUUACAACCGACUUAACUUAUUCGACUUCUUUAUUACCUGAAGUGUUAACUGAAUCAACAUUCUCUGAUUUUACUUCAACUUCUGUAACAACAAUGGGCUCAGGGUUUGCGUCGGCAUCUGAACCUUUCUUCUCAACCACCACUCCCAUAGACAUAUUUAUAAGCACUACUCCCAUGCUCACUCAACCAUCGACUACGACUUCACCUUCAUCAGCAGAUACUCUAUCGACUGAACCUUUUACGGUUACCAACGAUUACGAAUCGACCUCGGAAUCUACUGAGUCAUCGAGUUUAGCUACGACCGAAGAACACGAUGAACAAUCACCUUCUUCAGGUCCCCUUUCGACCGAUAGUUCGAUAACUACUUCCCAAACUUCUGUAACGUCUGAAACUACUGCUCCAGACCAGUUGAUCUCUGAUGUUACGAGUGAAGAAACUUCUCUUGGCACAACAACUGCAAAUAUUUUCAUUACUUCAACUGAAUCUCCUCAUUUCACUUCCACGACUGAUGCUGCAACUGUGAUAACUUCAUCUACCGAUGUUUCUUCGCCCUUUUCUACAACUGCUAUCACUACCGAACCAACAGAAGCUGUAACAACAUCCCAGAGUUCUACAACUACGCAUAGCACUCUUCCUUCCACUGUUAAUUUUACUACACCGCAAAGUACAACCUUGGUUGUAUCGAAUGAAGUUGUGGUUACAGAAGUAACGUCCAUAGAAGAAACGAGUACAUCAGAACCAUGCGAUGAUACCGAAGACGAAUUUACCACCGAGUUGGCAGUGACAGUGACAGAACCAACGACUGGAAAUACUGAUUGCGAUUCAACUACCAUAACAGAGGCAGAAGUAACGGACACAGCGGAAACUACUUCUACAACUGCUAGUUUGUCGACUUCUCCAGAUUUCACAACAGCCAAUACAUCGGAAUCAACCACACCAACCGUAUUCACUACACUAGAAGAUGUAGUACAGACAUCUACAAUGUCAUCAUUUGAAAGCACCACUGAAGAAAUAACUGAUGCAUUUGGGCUGAUUGAAUCCAAUUUUGACGUAACGGACAGUACGGAAGACAGUGAGGAUGAGACAGCGACCUUGGAAUGUAUGGAAGAAGAAGAAAGCGCAACUGUUCAACCUACAGAGGUUUCAGUUACCGAACAGAUAAGUGUCAGCAUGACUACUGAAGCUAUGACUACAGAACAAACAACUACUAAAGCCAUGAUGACCACUGAAAAAACAACAACUGAAUUCGUGACUACUGAAAAGGCAACUACGGAAUCCAUGACCACUGAACGAACAACCACAGAAGCCCUGAUUACUGAACAGCAAACUACUGAAGCCAUAACUACUGGACAAGACAUCACUGAAGCCAUAAAUACUGAAGAAACGACAACUGAAACCGUGACUUCGGAAAUAGCAACAACUGAAGCCAUGGCUGCUGAACAAGAAACCACUGAAGCCAUGACUACUGAACAAACGACAACUGAAGCCGUGACUACUGAAAAGACAACAACCGAAGCCAUGGCUGCUGAACAAGAAACCACUGAAGCCAUGAAUACUGAACAAACGACAACUGAAGCCGUGACUACUGAAAAGGCAACCACCGAAGCCCUGAUGAUUGAACAAAUAUCCACUGAAGCUGUGACUCCUCAACAAGAAACCACUGAAGCUAUGACUACUGAACAAACAACUACUGAAGCCGUGACUACUGAAAAAGCAACUACAGAAGCCCUGGUGACUGAACAAAUAUCCACUGAAGCUGUGACUCCUGAACAAGAAACCACUGAAGCUAUUACUACUGAACAAACUACUGAAGCCGUAACUACUGAAAAAGCAACUUCAGUAGCCCUAAUGACUGAACAAGUAACCACUGAAGCCAUGACUACUGAACAAGGAAUCACUGAAGCAGUGACUACUGAACCAACAACCACUGAAGCAAUGACUACUGAACCAACAACCACUGAAGCAAUGACUACUGAACAAGUAAUCACUGAGGCCAUGACUACUGAACAGAUAACCACUGAGGCCAUGACUACUGAACAAGCAACCACUGAAGCCAUGACUACUGAACAAGCAACCAAUGAGGUCAUGACUACUGAACGAACAACCACGGAAGUCAUGACUACUGAACACGCAACGACAGAAGCCGUGACUACUGAACAAACAACAACAAAAGCUAUGACUUCUGAAGCCGUGACUACUGAACAAGCAACCACCGAGGCCAUGACUACUGAACAAACAACCACGGAAGUCAUGACUACUGAACAAGCAACCACAGAAGCCGUGACUUCUGAACAAACAACCACAGAAGCUAUGACUACUGAAGCCGUGACUACUGAACAAGCAACCACUGAGGCCAUGUCUACUGAACAAACAACCACGGAAGUCAUGACUACUGAACAAGUAACCACUGAAGCCGUGACUACUGAACAAACAACCACGGAAGUCAUCACUACUGAACAAGUAACCACUGAAGCCGCGACUACUGAACAAACAACAACGAAAGCCGUGACUACUGAACAAGCAACCACUGAGGCCAUGACUACUGAACAAACAACCACGGAAGUCAUGACUACUGAACAAGCAACCACUGAAGCCGUGACUACUGAACAAACAACAACGAAAGCCGUGACUACUGAACAAGCAACCACUGAGGCCAUGACUACUGAACAAACAACCACGGAAGUCAUGACUACUGAACAAGCAACCACUGAAGCCGUUACUACUGAACAAACAACAACUGAAGCCGUGACUACUGAAAAAGCAACCACUGAGGCCAUGACUACGGAACAAGCAACCACUGAGGCCAUGACUACUGAACAAACAACCACAGAAGCCAUGACUUCUGAACAAACAACCACGGAAGCCCUCAUUACUGAGCAACUAACCACUGAAGCCAUGACUACUGAACAAACAACAACUGAAGCCGUAACUACUGAAAAGGCAACAACUGAAGCCAUGACUGAUGAACAAGAAACGACUGAAGCCAUGACUACUGAACAAACAAUUGAAGCCGUGACUACUGAAAAGGCAACUACGGAAGCUAUGAUUACUGAACAGGUAACCACUGAAGCCAUGACUACUGAACAAGCAACCACUGAGGCCAUGACUACUGAGCAAACAACUGAAAUUAUUACCACUACUCCGGGCCCAACUACAGAGAAGAUGACUACUACAGAACAAGUAACAACGGAGUAUGUCACCGAAGCACCCAUUGUAGAAACUACUACAACUGAAAAGAUAACAGUGAAACCCACUUCUGAACUACCAUUGACUAAUGCACCAACAGAAGUGCCGACGGAAGAGCUGACAGAAGCACCGACAAAACUACCAACUACUAUGAUGUCAGCCGUUUUUACUACGCCGAUCUCGGAUGUGCAACAAAGUACAACCUUCUCAACCACCUUUCAGGAAACCACCACUGAAAGUUACUUGACAACGCCUUUACUACCGAGUAUUGAAGUUAUCACCGUUUUCACUGAUCUAAUCGUACCCGUGCCCCCGCCCCCGCCAAUCAAUACUAUUUUCGUACCGUCGGUAUCUUCUUCAUCAUCCGGAUCAUCUCAAAGUUCGUCAUCAUCAGGGGAUUCGUCAAUCAGUAGCGGACCAUCCUCACCUUGGGGGGCCUUAGUUCCUAUUUGGAACGCUUUUCCAGUUUUAGGCAUUGCAGCACUUAUAAUCGCUUCGCCUUUCCUGCUACUUCUUUCCGUGCUGUUCAUUGGAACCCCUUUCGGUAGAUCUAUUGAUGGCGGUGGUGACUUGCUCCUUGCUCUUUUCAACGAUCUCUAUGAAGAUCGUACGCUGGACCAUCCUUGGUUGAUCGCCAAAAUCCUAUCGCAAAUGUUUCCCGAAGAAUUUAAUCCAUCUAGCAGCGAAGAAAGAAUGGUUCUUACCAAAUAUGUUGCAAAAAUGUUUCCGGAGCAACUUGAAACCUUGCAAAAUUGGAAAGAGUUGUCGAUACCUAGUGUGUUGAUCCAUUUGAUUCCGGAGAAAUUCGCUCAAGUAGACUAUAAGCAUCUGGAUAAAUAUCUGACCGAUGAUACAAUUGACUAUACCGAAACUGGAAACCUAAGAUUGUUAAUGCUUCGCCUCCUGACAGCCGCAAAAGACAAUCUUCCGGAAUUCGCCCAGAAAUAUAUAACUCCAGAUGUCGAAGAUAAACUGCGAGUUAUAGUGAAAAACUCCGAUUUCAUUUCAAAGUUAAAGAAUGUCAUACCGGAUUCGAGUCACUUGGAUAACGAAUGGCUUUUUGAUCGACUUAUGUUCAAAAUCAAGAAUUUCAAGAAAUCCGAUGAGGAAAUCGAGGAAUCAGCACCAACGGAACCAACAACACAAGGAACAACACAACCCGAAACACGCCCUACAACAACGUCCGUGUCACCACCUCCGAAAUGUCAAUGGGGCCCAAUUCUCUGUUCAAUUAAUCGCGUCUCUUUCCAACGGAAUGCAGACAAGCGUGGAGACGUAGAUGCGGGGGCAAUGAAGGAAAUUGUUUCUAGGAAACCCAACAACGUUCCACAGUGGCUUCGUGCUGCAAGAAGGAAGAAUGCAACUGAGAAAGCCCUGUCCAUCAAAGAGCCACGACGCGUUCCCAACAUGCUCUUCCGUCGUUUUCUCUUCGAUCCAGUCCGGGCUUAAUUCAACCAAGACAAAUUAAAUUAAAUUCAUUUCUGCUGCACAUAAAAAAAUAAUCUUUAUCAUUCGUUUUAUCAGUAAUGUUUUAAAAAUAUUCACACAACAUUGACAAGUUCUUUAUUCUGAACUUACAUUUUGCCCACACACGAGCUUAUUUCGCUUACCCCAAAUUCAGCAAUGAGUGCAGUAGAGUGGGAAGUGAUCUGGUAGAUCUGGCUGAACAUUUUAUAAAGUUAUAAAGCACCCAUUAUUUAAUUCUAUUUGUUGAUUUGAUUCAUUUGUGAAAUCUAUUUAUUAGUUAUUGCUAUAUGUAUCCAUAUAUUGAAAUAUUAAAAGUUGGACACAAAAAUCCAACAAGAAGUGUAAUGAAACUUAUGAAUGGAAGUAAUAAUAAACUUUUAAAAAUUUCA